AUGGCGGGGAUCUAUAUAAGCCCGCAGCGAACGGAGCUUUUGACCGAGAAGAAGCUGCUUGACGAAUUACCGCCCGAUUUAUUAGAAAUAAUUCGUGGCCAGACCCCUGGAGACUUUCUCGAUGCCGUUGCUUCAGCGGCACUGAUUCCUCGAAUUACUGGGUUGAUAUUCGUGCACUUUGAGAGUGUAUUCGCCGACAUAUGUGCAAGAUGGCUACUGAAAUCUCGAAAUUCAGGCCAAGAGGACCAGAUUAUCGCUUCUUUUGCGAGGAUCCUCCCAUUUGCGCCGCAUUUAUCUGUCUUCUUAGAACAGUAUAUAAGUGAAACUUCACUUAUACAUGGUCCCGGUUCAGGACCUUUUCAGAUCAACUCACUAAAUUCUCCCGAGACGCAACAACAUCAUGGACCAGAGUUGUUACUAAGUCUAAUUGCAUUUUGGAGACUCCUCAAUUUUAAUAAGAGGACAUUCGGUCAAUCAGUCCUACCAUCAAAAAUACAAGCUCUAUUUAAGCAUGAUCAUGCGCUGGUCAGAUAUCUUGCUAUUAGAGUGUUUUGCUGUCAACUCAAUGCCUCGGAUUACCAAUUAGAGCAACUAACUCGCAAAAAUAUUAAAGAAGGCGAAUCUUUAAUUGGAGACUUUGACGGAGUUAAGAUUGACUACGCUUUUCUCUCCUUACUUGAACGCCAACGAGCUGAAGAGUUAGAUAAAUCUCGACUUAAAUUGCAGGCCGAAUCCAAUAAGUUUACCGGAGAGCGUGUCCCUAUCCAGCAUUUCACUAAGUUGGUUGCUCAGUAUAAUACAACGAUUCUCCCCCGACCAAAUGGCGAACCCCUUUUACCGUCCAGUUUGGUCUAUACCCAAACUACCUUAAGUAAUCUAGAAAAUCUCGCUCGGAAUCUCCAGAAACCAGGUCCGAUACUUCUGCAUGGAUUGCCCGGAUCUGGGAAGACGUCAGUUGUGCAUGAACUUGCCCGCGAGCUUGGCAUGGAGUCAAGUUUGGUGACAUUACAUCUUAACGAGCAGACCGACGCCAAGAUGCUCAUUGGACUAUAUUCUACCGGUUCUAAACCCGGCUCGUUCUCGUGGAGACCAGGCGUCCUUACUACGGCAGUCCGCGAGGGGCGAUGGGUUUUGAUCGAAGACCUAGAUAGGGCUCCAAAUGAGGUCAUGAGCACUCUGCUGCCGCUUGUUGAGCAUGGCAAACUUUUAAUUCCAAGCCGUGGAGAGACAGUGGAAGCCCCAAGCAGUUUCCGGCUAUUCGCGACUGUUCGAACCACCCGGGGUAUGAAUGGACACGAGAAUCUUCCCAGUAUGUUGGGCCAGCGCUUUUGGAACUUGUCGAGUGUGAAGAUACCUCCGCCUUCUGAGCUGGAACAGAUUAUCGUUGGGAGCUACCCUUUGCUACACAAAUAUACGCCUGUGAUUAUGUCGGUCUAUAGGCGACUUUGCAAUCUUUCUGGCCCCUCUUCGAUUAGUGGUCCUGGACGAAGUACCGUGGAGCGAUCGGUUACGCCUAGAGACGUCUUAAAAUGGUGUCGUCGUCUCCAAGAAACAUUGUUGGCCUCGGGCGGCAAAACCGGCGACGAACCUAUCAGCGAGACUACAAGGGACUGGAUGUUCAUGGACGCGGCCGAUUGCUUCUGUGGCAACCUUCCUAAACUAGAAGCAAGGGCCGCUCUUGUCAGUUGUAUCGCGGAGGAGAUGCAUCUGUCUAAACAACUUAUGGAGCAUUACCUUAAAGCUCACGUCCCGCAAAUAGACGAAACCCCCAGCAAUUUCAAAAUUGGGCGGGUCAUGUUGACUAGAAGGAAAUACGCGAACAGAGUAGUAAAAUCAAAGAAACCUUUCGCGAGCACUAAUCACUCCAAGAGACUACUCGAGCAGAUUUCAAUGGCAAUUAAGCUACGUGAGCCGGUGCUUCUCGUUGGUGAGACUGGCAUUGGAAAGACGACCGUUAUCCAGCAGCUGGCUGAAUCUCUUGGCCAUAAGCUAGUGGCAGUGAAUUUAUCGCAGCAAAGCGAAGUUGGUGAUCUUCUCGGAGGCUUCAAGCCGAUUAAUGCGCGGAGUCUAGCUGUCCCCCUCAAGGAAGAGUUCGAAGAUCUAUUCGCAUCGACCGGAAUUUCCGCCUCUAAGAAUCAGAAGUAUAUGGAACAGAUCGGAAAAUGUACUGCCAAAGGACAGUGGACAAGGGUAUCUAAGCUCUGGCGAGAAGCACCAAAGAUGUUCAACAAAAUUAUUGGCGAACUUCAAGCCCAAGCUGAAGCCCGCGGUAAUGAUGAUCCUGAUAGUGGUCCAGUUGUGAAGAGGCGCAAAGUGGUAUCGAGACUGCAGUCGUUGCUUGAUCUGAAACCGCGAUGGGAAGCGUUUUCCAGAAGCCUGGAUCAAUUCGAUGUACAAAUAUCAGGCGGCUCGGGAAGCUUCGCUUUCGCAUUCGUCGAGGGUAACAUUGUGAAAGCCGCAAGAAACGGAGACUGGGUAUUGUUGGACGAAAUAAACUUGGCAUCACCCGAUACUCUAGAAAGCAUAGCGGAUUUGCUUUCUUCUGGUCCUAACGAUGAGCCAUCAAUCCUCUUGUCGGAGACUGGCGACAUCGAACGUGUCAAAGCACACCCAGAUUUUCGCAUAUUCGGGGCCAUGAACCCAGCCACUGAUAUCGGUAAACGUGAUCUUCCACUGGGCCUCAGAUCACGGUUCACUGAAUUUUACGUCAGCAGCCCGGAUAAAGAUCUAAAGGAUCUUCUCACCAUUAUCAAAGCCUACCUGAGUGGGAAAAGUGCCAAGGACGAGCAAGCAGCCGACGACAUUGCUAGGCUUUAUCUGAACACUAAAACGAGAGCAGAGGAGAAACGUUUAGUUGACGGGGCUAACGAAGUACCUCAUUUCAGCCUGCGAACACUAACUCGCGUUUUGAGCUACGUCAAUGACGUUUCUCCGUUUUAUGGCCUCCGACGAGCUCUUUACGAAGGUUUUUCUAUGGGGUUCUUGACUUUAUUAGACAGAGCCUCUGAGGAGACCCUGGUCCCACUAAUCCACCAUCACCUACUUGACAAGCAUGGCGGUGCUAGAUCAUUGCUUUCGCAGUCGCCAAGGCAUCCUAAUGACGGAAAACAGUACGUCAAGUUCAUGAACAAGAAUAAGGACCGUCAGUACUGGCUCCUCCAGGGAGAGGAACUCCCUAUUGAACGAACUGACUACAUCAUCACGCCUUACAUUGAACGCAAUCUCUUGAAUCUAGUAAGAGCUACAUCGACAAGGCGUUUUCCGAUUCUCAUCCAGGGCCCUACAUCGGCAGGAAAGACAAGCAUGAUCGAGUAUCUUGCGAAUUUCAGCGGCAACAAAUUUGUGCGAAUAAAUAACCAUGAUCAUACCGACCUCCAAGAAUAUCUCGGAACCUAUGUCUCUAAUGCUGAUGGCAAGUUAAGUUUUCAGGAAGGUCUGUUAGUUCAGGCUCUUAGACAAGGACAUUGGAUCGUGCUUGAUGAACUUAAUCUUGCGCCGACUGACGUUUUAGAAGCGCUGAACCGUCUUCUUGAUGACAAUCGCGAAUUGCUUAUUCCAGAGACCCAGGAAGUUGUGCGCCCUCACGAAAACUUCAUGUUAUUCGCAACCCAGAACCCACCUGGUUUAUAUGGGGGUCGAAAAGUACUUUCACGUGCCUUUCGUAACAGAUUCCUCGAGCUUCAUUUCGAUGAAAUCCCGGAAGACGAGCUUGAGAUCAUCCUACAGAAACGUAGCCUUUACACUGCCCCCUCCGAUUGCAAGAGGAUCGUUAAUGUCUACAAGGAACUCUCAAGAUUACGGCAGACAAGCCGGCUAUUCGAAAACAAGGACAGCUUUGCGACAUUGAGAGAUCUCUUUAGGUGGGCUCUGAGAGGAGCCGAGACUCGAGAGGAAAUCGCAGUCAAUGGGUUUAUGCUUCUUGCUGAACGGGUUCGGAAUGAGGAAGAAAGGUUGGCCGUUAAGAAAGUCAUCGAGACAGUUUUCAAAGUCAAGAUCGACCAAAACCAGCUCUACGACAUUCAUAAUUCACCAUAUCUUCGAACACAACCACCAAAUAACGGCCAGGGUGUGGUAUGGACUCACGCUAUGCGCCGCUUGUAUGUUCUUGUCGCAAGUGCACUCUGUCAUAAUGAGCCGGUGCUUCUCGUCGGAGAGACUGGAUGUGGAAAAACGACAGUCUGCCAACUUCUCGCCGAGUCCCUUGGCAAGGAACUACAUAUUGUCAAUGCUCACCAAAACACCGAAACUGGCGACCUUAUCGGAUCGCAAAGACCAAUUAGAAACAGAGGAGCUAUUGCGGAUAUGCUAACUCAGGACCUCGCUAAUGUUCUACAGCAACUUGGGCAAAGUGCAGAGGGUAGCAUGGAAUUUUUGUUAGAGAAGUACCAUGCUCUAGAUGAGCUAACUCGGUCCAGGGUACCCGUUGAUGUACAGCUCAGAAUUUCCGACAACGAAAUCAAGAGUAAAGCUCUCUUCGAGUGGGCAGACGGAAGCUUAGUCCAUGCCAUGAAAGAUGGUCAAUUUUUCCUUCUCGAUGAAAUAUCACUAGCGGAUGAUUCUGUCCUAGAGAGACUUAAUUCUGUUCUUGAGCCCCAGCGCUCGUUACUUCUCGCAGAGAAAGGCAUCGACGAUUCAUUUGUCAAGGCUUCUGAUGGAUUCCAAUUUCUGGCAACUAUGAAUCCUGGUGGUGAUUUUGGCAAGAAAGAACUUUCACCAGCGCUGAGGAAUCGAUUUACCGAAAUCUGGGUUCCGGCUCUAUCGGAGAACGAAGACGUGCUUCAAAUUGUUUCCUCAAAGCUGAGGCCUGGGCUUCAAUCGUGCUCUAAGGUUAUCGUCGAGUUCUCUUACUGGUUUGGGCAGAACUUCCGGUCUACUGCUUCAACGGCCUUCUCAAUUAGAGAUAUUUUGGUCUGGGUGAAAUUCGUUAACGAGAGCCCUGGCCGAGACGUGGUGUCGUCAGUUAUCCAUGGUGCGGCAACUGUUUUCAUCGAUACACUUGGCGCAAACCCUUCUGCGUUGAUUGCGAUCGAUCCUAAAAGCAUGGACAGUCAACGACAAAAGUGCUUAGAUAAGCUGAGUGAACUCCUUGGCUGCGAUGCAACAAUAGUUUAUCGAGCGCCACUGGAAUUGAUCGUUAAAGAGAACGAACUGCAGAUCGGUGGCUUUUCCAUCGAACGUACUGCCAAUGAGAACUUCGAAACGGGGUUCGCGUUACACGCACCUACUACCAAGCUCAAUGCGAUGAGAAUCAUUCGUGCUCUGCAGGUGCAAAAACCCAUCCUACUUGAAGGCAGCCCAGGUGUAGGGAAAACGACGCUGGUUAGUGCUCUUGCUCGAGCAUGUGGGCGACCUUUGACAAGGAUCAACCUUUCUGACCAAACUGAUCUCAUGGACCUUUUCGGAACUGAUGUGCCUGUCGAAGGAGCCGAAGCUGGUCACUUUGCGUGGAGAGAUGCACCAUUUCUUCGUGCUAUGCAGAACGGAGAGUGGGUCCUUCUAGAUGAGAUGAAUUUGGCAUCGCAGUCCGUGUUGGAAGGAUUGAACGCAUGUCUCGAUCAUCGAGGGGAAGUCUACGUUUCUGAGCUCGACCAAGUGUUCAAGAGACAUCCGGACUUUCGCCUUUUCGCGGCACAAAACCCACAUCAUCAAGGUGGAGGAAGAAAAGGGCUGCCUAGCUCCUUCGUUAAUCGCUUCAUCGUCGUAUAUGCUGAUGUAUUCAGUGAAGAGGAUCUCUUGCUGAUUGCCCAGCAUAACUUCCCCACGAUUCCUGCUGAGACUGUUCGACGAAUGAUAACUUUCAUCUCUAGAAUUGAGACACGCAUCCUUACCGAAAGAGCGUUCGGGUCUCAGGGUAGUCCAUGGGAAUUUAACCUCCGCGAUACUCUGCGCUGGUUACACCUCCUUACGUCCCCAGAUCCAUUGCUUAGUACUGGCAAGGUAGAUGAUUUCCUAAACAUAGCAAUCCGGCAGCGAUUUCGGACAGAGAGGGACAGACUUGAGGUAGAUAAGCUUUUCACCGAAGCAUUCGAAGCACCACCGAAAGGUCACCAGCUGUACCAUAACAUGUGUUCCUCUUCACUUCAAGUUGGACUCGCGUUGAUGCAGCGGAACGAGCUUGUUCAACCUUCGCAGUUUCCUGGCAUGGAUACUGUCCCUCGGCUCAUGGAGAUAGAAUCCCUUCUGAUCUGCAUUAAGCAAAAUAUCCCAUGUAUUCUCGUAGGGCCGUCAGGAAGUGGAAAGUCAAUGCUCUUGCAGCACAUUGCUGCAUCGUCUGGUAAACCACUAGUUACGUUCCCUAUGAAUGCUGACAUAGAUGCGAUGGAUCUUGUCGGAGGGUUUGAACAGUCUGAUCCUAUGCGCGAUAUCAACACAGCAUUGAGUGAGCUUAAUGAAGCUUUACAGUUAUCAACUAUGGGCGCCUUGGUUGAAGGUGUUCCAGACUCUGCGGUUGACUUGCUGAACUUUCUUAACUCCAUGACGGACCAGAUAAAUGAACACCAAGAUCUGUUGGAUCACAUUGAAAAUCUUCGAAGUCAGAUCUCGGCGGAUACAGAACUAGCAGUUAUGCUUUCUAAUGCGCGCACGCUUCUUCGAAAACAAGAUGGCAUCUCGAACCCUAGGUUUGAAUGGUUAGACGGGAUCAUUGUCAGAGCUCUUCAGAAAGGACAUUGGUUAGUACUCGAUAACGCAAAUCUUUGCAGUGCCUCUGUCCUAGACCGAUUGAACUCCCUCCUUGAGCCAGGCGGCUACUUGAUUAUCAAUGAGCAUUGUGGUCCGAAUGGUGAACCUCGAGUUAUCAAGCCACAUCCCGAGUUUAGGGUGUUCUUGACUGUAGACCCUCGUUAUGGAGAACUCUCGCGAGCAAUGAGAAAUCGCGCAAUUGAGAUCUACGUCGAACCAUACACUUCAGCUCCGGUAACCUGGAGAAGUCGAGUUGCUGAGGUAGAGUCAAGUUUGAAAAGAUAUGAAUUCCUCUUUUCAGCAUCAUCCAUCGACGCUAAUCCUGGAACGACGUUACGAUCUAUAGCUCUGGAUUCUCUAUCCAUAAUUGACCUCCCUUUGCUUGAAAGGUUCAAGGAAAGCUCUCUGGCUAUCCAGGAGGUAGACUGUUCAUUCCUCAAGUCACCUAUUAUGACCGACGUCCAAAACACACUCCGCCAUCUGCAUGUACCGCUGUCGACCAUAGCGCCUGGUCUUGAAAACAUGCAGCCGAUACAUCCCCUGCAAAAUUCAGUUAUGAUCCCGUUGCUUCAGGGACAGUCGUCCCAGCUUCCACAUUGGUUAGCGGCUUGUUAUGAGAUAUACAUUGACAUUGCCGAAGCUUGGAACCAACUAGAGAUGGAGAAGACCCGCGGAACUGGUAAACAGAUAUCGCAAUUGAAUCGGUUCCAACGUUCACUUGUUUCCGGUAGCGUUGCUGCUGUAUCGAAGGAUUCCACCGUUGGGGCAGCUAAGUUCGCUCUGGGCGUUCUACAAGAAAUGGAUUCAUUUCUGCGCCCCCUUUUAUUAAAUCCGGGCUCGUGGAAAGAUCUAAGAUACUUCUGUCGAGAUCUUAUUCACUUUUGGCAGAUGACAAUUAGGUAUCUUACUGCCCCUCGUUUCGACGAAGCGUCUUUCCAAGCUCAUCUGAGUAUCGUAUCGCAUGGGCUAUCCAACUACAUGUCUGGUUCCACGAGUGAACAAACAUGUGAAUUGGCCUCACGUAUCCUCAAGGGUUUAGAUGAAUGUUUCAUCUCUGGAUUCAAGUUGUCCACGGGCUUGAGCAUGGAAGCCCUUUGGAAAGUCUUCAGGCCAAUCCCAAUCGGAAGCAAGACACUCUUGGACAAUGUUUGCCACAUGGAACAGCUGGCCUCCCAGUUUGACAUGGUCAAAUGGCAGUCUAAAGCUACGCCGUAUGAUCUUGCCAAGACAACAGACUCAUUUAUCAAGGUAUAUCGGCUAGUUCGGCUAGGUGGACUCAACGUUGAAGACCUCCUUGGGGCAUUGAAGCUCGAAAUUGACCAGCUGCUUAGCAAGUUGAUAGACAACGACGCACCAGCCCUCCCAUUCAUGGCCGCCGAAUUCGAAACCAUGAGACAAAUCGUCGUACUCGAUUGCCUGUCGCGUCGUGCUGGCCUGCCACAGUCGUUGAAUGAGAUGGCCUUACUAUCUACUAUCCCGCUCGUUACUCAGAUGCGUGUCAAUAGUGCCUCUGAUACAUCAAAACUCCUGUUAUCAAUGGAGAACUUGUCUAGCGAUGAUAGCCAACGGCAGCACUGGGACGAUAAUCUUUCCGCAAAGAUCAUCUCACAGCUCGAGGCUGCCGACUCAACAAGCCUCAGUUCUUUGGCCUCGCUCGAAGCAGAACUGCCAAUCCUAGCAAAACAAGUCUGCGCAAACACAGAGGCAAUCGUGGCCGACAGGCUUGAUAAGUUUACCGAAGUACUUUGGCAACUCAUGAUGGAUGUUAUGAACGUCUAUGAUCCAUCUUUGGCUACGAAAUUCGACUCGGUCCGGAACACAUACGCCACCCCAGACAAGCCCUGCGAUUUAUCGGAUAAUAUCUAUGAGCUUCUACCGGAUGUACUGAUACAUACAGAGUCUCGAAUUGUUACUGAUCAUUUGAUUCCCGCUCUCGCAUAUUUGAUUGGGUCUAGAAAUUCUACCAACCGCCGUGCUUUCCUUGCCAUUGCCUGGGUUCAAUUUUCUCAAGCCUUAAUUAAGCUCUUCGUCCCCGAUAAGGCAUAUGAUCCGCAAUUACGUCCCCAACUCGAGUUGGAAAGUUACGAAGAAAUCCUACAGGGCUUACAAGAGAGACUCGAAUCAUUACGGCAAUUCGAAAAAUUCAGCACCGGCCAGUCUACGAAUCUCCGAUGUGAACUGGUGGAAGAAGAGAUCGUAGCUUUGGGUCCUCCCCCUAGCGCCGUUGAAGUUGUGUAUCGCCCCGAAGAGUCUGAGCUUCCGAAGAUUCAGGCGGAAUUCAAGGCUUUACUGAGUGCUACCCUUGACUUGGAUAUUGGGUCACUUCUCCUUCAGCGUUGUUCGGGCUCGGAAGUAGCUACACAACAAUUACAUGUCAUUCAUGAAAAUGUGUCAAGGAUCGGAUUUCGCCUAGGCCAGAAAUAUCGCGCAUAUGAAGAUAUAGUCUUGCCGGUUAUCGACAUGAUCCAUUGUCUAGAACUCGGCUUGUAUCUAGGACGGGAGGCCAACUCUCAAGGUAUCGGCCACAAUUCUUCACCGAGAACACUGCUCAGCUUAGCACCUUUCCUCGGCGGAAAACUCGAAGUCUCCGCAAUGCCAUCACUUUCAUCCCACAGCUUCGAGUUCCUCAAUUAUGUCAGCAUGGUUACAGCUGUAGAAGGCUCACGUGGACUAGAAACUGUCGAACAAAGCACAUUCCAAGCAAUCCAUUCCUUGUACGAUCAAUGGGUGCAGAAGCUCGAAGCAGACAAGAAAGCCGAGGAAUCAAAACAAAGUUGGUAUCGUUAUCGAGGUGGGUUCACCGAGGAAGAGGCAGCGGAACAGGAUGCGUUUAAUGAAUUAUUCCCAAGUUUCGAAGAGAACGAUGAGCAUAACCAGACGACAAAGCCUAAGAUAGGUGAUGCUCGUGUACUAGCUAUCAAGUUAGCAAGGGUGCAUAGAGACAUUUUCCUCACACCGCGAGACGCGCCCGAGAGUAUCAUAAGUCUUAGCAGGCUCUUCGCUACAAAAGCGUCAGCUAACAUCGACCGCACUGUCGAGGAUAAAAGCUUACUUCCAGCUACGUUCUUAGCCCUAGAUGAGAAGCUACAAGAAAUAGGUUCUAAUACUUGUUCGGCCGACUAUAACUUCUAUACGGAUCGCAAUCUUCCCGAGGCACGAAAACUUGUCAUCUUGGUUAAUGAAAUCCGCGCUAGCUUCCGACAGCUUCAGAAGAUCGACGAAAUUGGCCAUCUGCAGCCACUGGUUGACGUUGUGGCGUCUUGCGACAAAGUUCUCCAACUAGGACAUUCUGACCCACUCGCUGCAAUGAUAUCGAAAGUUGAGCAGCUACAUGCCUUCGUCUACGAAUGGCAAUUCGGGGGUUGGGCAAGCAAAACGUAUGGCGUGUUAGCGCUGUAUAACCGGUUGACGGAUUUACUUGUUGGUUGGCGACGCCUGGAGCUUUCUACGUGGGGCAAGUUGUUUGAUAUGGAGGUCAAGAAGAGCGAAGAGGAUGCUAGUUCCUGGUGGUUCAUUGCCUACCAGGCCAUCAUCGCUGUGCCGUUAACUCUCGCUCAAGCCGGAGAGGAUCUUUCACAGCAUGGCGCUGGCCUUCUCAAAGAACUAGAAGUUUAUUUCUCCGCCGCAGCUGUAGGGCAAUUCGCUAGCCGACUUGGUCUUCUUCAGCAACUCCAGAAGCAAUUGCAAUUACUGGCGACAGACUACCCUUCCAUGUCGGUAAUCCGAGAGGGUCUCCAAAACUUCAUAACAUUUUAUUCUAGGUAUACGAAGGCUGUCGAUGAUAAAAUACGCACUGGUAGAGCCCCUCUCGAGAGGCAGAUGAAAGACGUUCUCCUCUUGGCGAGCUGGAAAGAUACGAACAUCGCUGCAUUGCGAGAAAGCGCUCGCAAAUCUCACCACAAGCUGUUCAGAAUUGUCCGGAAAUUCAGAGACGUGCUUGGUCAGCCUAUGAAGCCGAUUAUCGAAGCUGGCCUACCGGACGAGGUUCUCGGCGAAACUGAACUCGUAGAGAUCCAGGCAAAGACGUUCUCCAUCGACCAGGAUGCAAUCGACUUGUGCUCCCAUAACGUUGCUGGUUGGAGCGAUGACUACCGGAGAUUGGCCAAUGUUCAAAGAACGACUGAGAUUAUGAGUAGAUUGAGUCGUAUCCCUGAGACUUCUCUCGAUGCUAGUGAAGCUAUUGAUGAUUUCCUCUCCAACUUAGAGUCGUCGGCACUUGAACUCCGCAAAGAGACACCUGGCGUACUUAACGACGAGAAUAAGACGCUGGUGAAGCAUUUAAAGUCGCGUAAACGAAAAUUAUUUUCAGAGACGCUCAAGGAAGCAAGACAAAUGGGGGUCCAAUACAACCUCGGUACUGAUGUUCUAUCUCGACAGAACUCACUCUCUACAGUUCUUUCAACGUCUGAGGCACUGGACUUUCAAUCCUUCAAGGGACUUGAGAGCACAGAUUACUACUUCCAUAAAAUGCUCGAUCUUGCUCCCCGGGUCCGGGCUGCUUCCCAAGACCACUCGGAUGACUUGACCGCCGCAGAGAUUGAUAGAAGCAUCGGAUUGCUUGAAGGGUUGAUUCAUAUUACCCUAGGCCAGAGGCACGAUCUGGCGAAAGCAAUUAGUGACUAUAAUGCAUUAUCAACUCGUUCGAUACAUGUCAACUCCGUUAGCGGUCUGAGAGGCGGCGACAAGGUCAAUGCGAAGACGUUAUCAGGCAAUCACGAAAGAGCUUCUAUUUGGUUAGUCCAAAUCAUCAAAGUCGGUAUACAUCUUGUCGAAUUACAUAGCAAGCUCGGAAAUGCCGACAACAAGGAAAUUCUUACAUUGCUCAACGUCUGGCUGGAAAGAAUUAAGAACCUCUCUGUUCAAUGGGGUUCGCUGCCUACUCUGCCAAAUUGGCUUACCUCACUCAAAAUGACACAGCUGGAAACCUCCGUUAACUCAGCAUUCAAUGAAUUCCGGAAUGAGCUGGACGAAGCGAGUCGAAAAUGGCCGUCGCUAGCAUUCCUACUUGAACAAAUUCAGCUUUGGACUACCAUCGAUGAACAGUCAAUGUCCACUUCGCACCUAGCGACUAAACAAGUCAACACUAUAUCCAACGCCGUGAGAAACCUUUGCGAUAGCAUUUUGGUUACCAUCGAGCAAUUCAAGAAAACAGUCGCCAAAUUACCUACUUCGCAAGAGGAAACUGGAUGGCUGGUCAAACAAAACGAAAUAAUGGUUGCUUCCUUACGAGUUCUCCGUAUGGACAAGGUCGAUAGCAGUAUUUCGGAAAUUCUUGCCCUUUUUAGCCAAGUUGAUCUGGCCGACGCGUCCAUUAACGACCUCUCAACAGCAUUGAUGGCGGUGAUUGCCCCUGUCAUAAAUCAGUACCAGGCUACUUGCAAUCAAUCAAUCCAAGUGUUUUCCCGCGCUCACGAAAGCACCUGCAAGCUUGGUUAUAAGCUGAGCAAGAGCUUCACCCAACUUGCGUCCCAGGGAUUUUGCACACCCCAAGAGAAGUCUGACGAAACGUCUGGCGAGGCUGGGCAGCUCGAGAGCGGGACAGGUCUCGGCGAUGGAGAGGGUGCCGAGGAUAUUAGCAAGGAUAUCCAACCCGACGAAGACUUGUCCGAAUUGGCGCAAGAAGCAAAUAAGGAACCCGGCCAGGAAAUGGAAGACGAAAAGGAUGCUGUAGACAUGGCUGACCAGGAGCUCGAGGGUGAUCUCGAAAGCAUAGAUGGUGGAGAAGACAAGGAGGAGGAUUCAAAAUCCGGUGACGAGGACGAGAGUGGCGAUGAGAUGGACGAAGAAGCCGGCGAAGUCGAUGAUCUGGAUCCUUCAGCCGUCGACGAGAAAAUGUGGGAUGGCGAAAACGAAGAGGAUGCGGAGAAAGACCAGCAAGGAGAGAACACCAAAGGCCAAACGAAAAAGGACGAACAAGUAGCUGCUGAUGCUCAGCCUGAUGGUCAAGAGAUCGAACCUGCAGAAGACGAGGAACAAGGAGAUGAAAACAUGGAUGAAAACCCUGCCGCGGAAGAAGAAGACGUCCAACAACAAGAUGAGACCAACAAGCAAGAUCAAAAUGUCCAGGAACAGGAUACCUUGGCGUUACCUGACGACAUGAAUAUCGACGGAAAUGAUAAUGAAUCGAUGUCAUCAAUUAGCGAUGACGAGUUAGAUAAACUUUCAGACGUCGAUCAAGAAGAGAUAGACGAGAAACGAACAAGUGAUCAGGAAAGCGAAAAUGGCGAAGACGCUGAGAUGGAUAUGGCGCCUGCAGACGCGGGAGACGAAAAUGAAGAACUCGAGGAGAGCGCAGAGAAUGACGAGACUAAUAUCAAAGAGGAUGAGAAUGCGGACCAGGAGCCAGAAAACCAACCUGAAGAACGUGAGAUGGCUGAAAUGCAGUCUAACAACGAAGUCAAUGCCAAUAAUGAGACUGCACCGAGUGAUGUGAAGGGUGGCGGGCAAGAUCAAGAUCCCAAUCAAACAGAGGAGGCCAACGCUGCUGAAGAUAAUAACGCCCAGAGGGAAGAUGGAGAAAUGGGUGAGAAUCCAGCCGACCAAGAAACGUCAGCUGGUAAGAAGGGUAGCGUCUCACAAGCUCAAGAGCAACCUUCUCAGACAGAACUUGAUGAUGCUAAAGAUUCAUCGACGCCUCAGCCCUUUAAGGCUCUUGGAGACGCUUUAGAGAAGUGGCAUAGACAACAGCGGGAUAUAAAGGAAGCUCAAGAACAAGAACCCAAAGAACAGCCGUCAAACGCCGAACAGGAAUCUACUAUUCGGGAAUUCCAGCACAUUCAAAAUGACGAGUCCGCUGCGGAUACUCAAGCGAUGGGUACCUCUAAUGAAGAGCAGAAGCAGCAAAUCGACGAAUCAAUGGCAAUCGAUGACGAGGAUCAACCUGCAGAUGACCGGAUUAUUCCUGAGGAUGAGGUUGAAAUGAACGACGUGGAUGGGGACAAGAUGGACACGUCGGAACCCCCCGGCCACCAACACCAGCAUGAUACGCAGAAAGAAGAGAGGCCUACAGGGGUAUCAACUCGCCAAGGGACUUAUAAUCGAGAUACGACCCCUCCGUCAAAUGGAGAAGCACCUUCAGAGGAGGUCGAAGAAGAGAUCCAGGUGACUUCUACACAACUAUCAAUAACUCACUUGUCAGAGCCAAAUACGGACUUGAGGGAUUUUGAAGAAGCUAUGCACCAGUGGGCCUCUUUCCAAGGCAAAACGCAUCCUCUCUCGCUAUCUUUGACUUCGCAGUUACGUCUAAUUCUAACCCCGUCUCAAUCGACAAAAUUAUCUGGGUCGUACCGAACUGGAAAACGCCUCAAUAUCAAGCGCAUCAUUCCGUACAUUGCCUCUAGCUACAAGAGGGACAAGAUCUGGAUGCGUAGAGCAAUCCCAACCAAGCGCGCUUACCAGAUCUUGCUUUGCGUUGAUGACAGCAAGAGUAUGGGCGAAUCCAGCUCUGGCGAAUUGGCGCUCGAAUCUCUCGUCAUGGUCUCGCGGGCUUUAACUAUGCUUGAAGUCGGCCAGAUCGGCAUUCUCGGAUUUGGAGCGAACGUCUUCAUGGCGCACGAGUUCACCGAACCGUUCGCGUCACAUGACGCCGGCGCCAAAGUGCUGCAGAAAUUCAGGUUCCAGCAAGAUUACACGGACAUCCAGCUCCUCAUCAAGCAAACAAUCGAGCGUUUCCGCCUCGCCCGCCAGCAGAGCACGAGCCGCGGCUCCGAAGACCUCUGGCAAUUGGCGCUCAUCCUAUCCGACGGCCUUACUCCCUCGGCGGCGCACGAGCACAUCCGCCUGCUACUGCGAGAGGCGAUGGAGGAGCGCAUCAUGAUCGUGUUCAUCAUCAUGGACGACACGACGGACGGCAAGGACAAGCAGAGCGUGAUCAACCUCAAGAAGGUCCGGUUCAUGGGCAACGACGAGAUACGCACCGAGUACUACCUCGACACGUUCCCCUUCCAGUACUACCUCAUCGUGCAUAAUCUCGAGGACCUCCCCGGGGCGCUGGCGGGGCUGCUGAGGACUUGGUUUGCGGAGGUUAAUUCUUAG